GUGCUAUGCCGUCACGGAGGAAAUGCUACACGGAAUGUUGGAAAAUCAGGUCAUCAUGAAGUUGUGCCAAACGGCCAUCGACCUACUCAGUCGCUAGAAGUACCGGUGCCAAUGAUAUCUGAAAGUCAUAACAAAGAGAUGUGCUUGUGUAGAAAGCGAACUGAGGAUAAGUACGGAAGAGUUUGUUACAUCGCAAUUCUGCGAAAUGUCCACGGAUUUCCCAAGGAAGAAGUCGAUGACAUCAAGCGUCAAAUUGCCGAAGAAGCGGCGUUGAGAGCCACAAACUACCGCUGGGUAGUUUGUCCCAUAUGCAACGAAAAGUUCAUAAAUCAUACAGGAUUAGCGCUCCAUAUCAGCCGACAAAGUUACAAAGGAUCUGAUGGAGGUGAGGAUGCACAACAAGACUACAGGGGUAUUAUACUGUGA